AUGAAUGAUAACUCGAUAGAGAAUGUAUUUGUUCUCCUUGAAGACCCCGCUGCGCCCACACGAGCCGACUUGCAACAGAUGCCAGAUGUUUCCCCCCAUGCCUACUCGCACUACCGUAAUACUUUUUUGACACUGAGUCCUCCCGGUGCUCUUGAGCAAUUACUUGCACAACUGCGAGCGCGAUGGGUAUCAGUGCGACAAUCUACUGGGGCAGGACAGAAAGGUCAAGGAACAGGCCAACAACUUGUGAUUGACGGGAAAAUCUAUUCAAUCGGCCGGGACUGGAUAGUCCGCGCUGGUAAUGUAAUUCUCGCUGGAGGUGCAGUGAAAGGAAUGCUCCUUGAGGCUGAAUAUCUCCCACUGCCUGUCCUACAUACACAAACAGCGGAUGGGACGUCUGAAUUACUGUCAAAUUUGUUACUAUCAGUUCUUCCAAAUAUCCCAGACGCUAAAACCGCCGCAGUGACCAUCAGCGAUUCGCAGUGGGAGGAAGUCCUUUGGGAUAGAGAAGAGGAGGAGCAAAUGGAGGCCGAGAAGGACAAGGGCUCUGUGGACGACAUCUACGUCUCAGAGGAUAUGCCGGCAGAUCGAAAAGGAGAUUGGGUCGGUGUGGAUAGAGACCGACGUUCGGCGUACUUGAUCAUUGGAGCCCUCAGAUCCGAGGGCAUACUCUGA